CAGAACAGCGGGCCACUUCCCUGUCUCUGUGUUCCCUGUGUGUAAACCGGCUGAUAACUCGCGUCUUUGGAGUAGAUCUGCAUUGGCACCAACCGUAGCCCAGGAAUCGCUUUUUAUUAGAAGUUACCUUCCAACCUGUCAACCGCCUGGUUCCUGUUUAAAGACCCAAUCACACGAUCCCCUUCCAGGUCAGCUGACAGGAAGAGUCUCCGUUCUGCCAGGUCAUCUUCGUCCUCCCCACUCCAGCAACCCUAGCCAGGGGUCCAGUGCUGCAGCCCAGGUUCUCCCCCCAGGGUUCUCCCCUUCAACGUUCUCUGCAGGGUUCUCCAGGUUCCCCCCAGCUCUCCCCAGCCAUGGUUCUGUGCGAGGACGGGGAUUGCGGCGUGUGUCUGCAGCGCUUCUCCCGUCAGGAGCGCAUCCCCAGGGUGCUCCACUGCAGACACACCUUCUGCGCAGCGUGCCUGGAGACCAUGUCUCAGGUCAAGAGCGGCAUGGUGACGGUGGUCUGCCCGAUGUGCCGACAGAUGACCUGCGUGGGCCGAGGACGCACCCUCAGCGAGGCUCUCUGGGUCGACAGCAGAAUGUGGGAGCAGAUACCAGAGAAGCCAGAGGGAGAGGAGGAGGGAGAAGCGGAGGGGGCGGGGGGCAGAGAAGAGAAGGCGGAGGCCAGUGGACAGACACAGCGCUCCUCACAGGCAGAAUGCCCCUCCUCGAAGCACUCGAGGACCAAGCUGAAGUUUCCAGGCUUCCUGAGGACCUUCAGUCUGAAUAAGCAACCUCAGGAGAGGAUCGUUCCCGGGGGCAGCGUGGAGAUGAAAUCUUGGAGAAGGCUUUCAACGGAAGACACUUUCUAGAAAGGAAACCGACACCAGCGGAGUUCCUCGUUAUGCUUACACCCCCGCGCAUGUACAUGCCCUUCCGGAGGAGAACCCUGGUCUGGUGUUGUCUUCCUGGUGAAACUCAGUCAGCCAUGACCCUCCUGGUCUGGUGUUGUCUUCCUGGUGAAACUCAGUCAGCCAUGACCCUCCUGGUCUGCUCUGGGGACCAGGAGGACAGGGCCCUCUCUGGGAGUCUGGGCCAGCUGGCUGCCCUGUCAGGAGGCAGUGAAACCAGCCCAGUCACCUUGGUUCUCCAGUAGAUAUUUCAACCUUAAUUCCUUGCAGCUGGUACUCUGGGAUUUGGUUCAGCUGUCCCAACAGAGCAGUGCCUCAGAAGACUGGGCCCUCCCACCCAACAGAUGGCCUUCUAAGGAUGUCUCCCUUCCUCCCUUCCUCCCUCCCCAUCCUCCAUCCCUCCCCACAACCUCAAUCGCUGUAUUUAAGCCCACGUUUAUU